AUGGACUCGAUCUUCGGCAUUGUGGGCAAGGACUUCGUGCUGCUGGCAGCGGACUGCAAAGUCGCGCGCAGCAUCUUGGUCUACAAGGACGAUGAGGACAAGUCCAUAAAUCUCGAUGACCACAAGGUGAUGGUGACGUCCGGUCCUCAGAGUGACCGCUUGGCGUUCGGGGAGUACAUCCAGAAGAACAUGAAGCUCUAUGAACUGCGCAACGGCGUGACGCUCGACGGUCCGGCCACAGCCAAUUAUGUGCGGGGAGAGCUGGCACGCUUCCUCCGCCGAGCCCCGUACCAGGUGAAUCUCCUGCUUGGCGCUGUGGACGCGUCUCCGGAGCAAACGAGCGAGCCAAGUCUUUAUUGGAUUGACUACUUUGGAUCUAUGGCCAAAGUGAACUUUGGUGCACACGGCUAUGGUGCACACUUUUGUCUAUCCAUUUUCGACCGUGAGUGGAAGCCCGACAUGUCGCUGGACGAAGCCAAAGACGUGCUCAAAAAGUGCCGCGCGGAGCUCGACCAGCGCUUCCUUGUGCGCAAUGGCCAGUGGGCGUACACGUUGAUUGAAACCAGCGGUAUCUCGCAGAUCAAGCUCGAGUAG